AUGAAGGAGAUGAUGAUUACAAGAGAUGUGAUUGUAUACAGAGGAAUAUGGUACGUAAUGACUCUGCUCUCGAUCUUAGAGUGUAAGUCAUCAUCGUCUCGGUCUCGGUUCCUCAGGGACGAUGCGGUGAGUGCCACAACAUUCUACGCAGUGACGCUAUUCAAAUAUCUCUUCUUCACCGAUCCUCAUUCCUCUUCCUAUUACAAGGACAAUGAGUUUAUUACAUUUACAGAGAUGCUUCCUCAGGCAAUGUUCUCGUAUUUCGCCUUACAUGCCCUCAUGGUUUCGCCAUUAAUGUAUACAGUGUCACGGCCCAAUUCCAUAAAAUCCACAAAAAAAUUCUAA